AAAGUGAGAGAGGUGCUAACAGCUAUUGACUACUGUGAAGACAUCAAAUACUAUCAAAUACUGUCAUAUCGAACAUCAUCGUGUUUGUUUAAUAUCUUCAAUGAGUCGCUCAUCUACUGAAACAUGCUGGACUUGUCGGGUUCGCAAGAAGAAGUGCGACCGAAAGCGGCCCACCUGCAGUGCCUGUCACUCACUUGACAUUACAUGCUACAAUGGCAACAACCGUCCAAGCUGGGUUGAUAAUGAUCUCGAACGAGAUCAAUUUGCAGAUCGAAUCAAAGCGCAGAUCAAAGAAAAGGCAGAAUGUCGCCGCGAAAAGAGUUAUGUAAAAGUCCUGCCGCUCGGAAGGGUGAGGAAGCCGAAGACAGAUUCAGCUGUAGCUGGUCGCCCCUCCACAAAGACUCAGUCUAGGCAGAAUAUUCAAGCCCAAGAGGGAGCUCUCAUGGAAUUAUCUUGCUAUGGAUGUUCCAAAAAUGGCUUCUCGCCGCCUGAAAGCGGCCGGCCUGAAAGCCAUUCUGACAACGCUGCUCUACUCGGAAUCAGCAACGACAUUGACACUGAUCUCGAGAUUACGUUUUUGGACUAUGCUUUCCCUUUUCUGUUCCCAUUCUACCGCCCCUCCAUUUUUAAAGGAGGACGCGGCUGGCUGCUGGCAACACUGAGAAAGAGCAUGCCACUCUUCCACACGGCCAUGGGCUUCAGCACAUAUUUUUUUAUUCUAGUCAUGACGGACAUCGCAAAUGGAGAGCACGAAGUAUGCAAAGGACUCGUCGAAGGGAAACUUAUAUCUCACGUGGAUACCGCAAUCAAGGCCAUGCGACAAGGAAUAGAAGAUCUGGCAGCUUGUGGAGAACUCGCUUCGACCGAGGAAAAGGCGCACCUCAUGGAAGGUGUUGUGCAGCUUUUGGUGUUUGAGACAAACAUUUCAGCAACUAACGAAUGGGGUAUUCAUCUUAACGCCGCAGUAUCUCUUUUUAAAGAGAUAUUCGAACAAAAUGACCCUCAAGAUGGCAGCAGAAUGGAUCUCGACUCUGUAUUAGCCAAGAUGCAGAAAACUGGAUGGGCAGCUGUGAGUUCGUCACACAGAAUUUUUAAUCCAGCUCAGGGGGCUUUUAUGUUUUACGUGGCUGUCAUCAUAUUUGCGGAUAUAAUUUCUGCAACUAUUCUUGGAGAUGCGCCGAUGUUGCGGGAAUAUCAUUCUCUUCUGAUUAAUGACGGAUGCAGACCAGGGGAUUCGCGUCGACUAUUAUUAGACUUGGAAGAUUCUGUGGGUUGUCAAAGCUGGAUUCUCCUCUUAAUUGCCGACAUCGCUUCUUUAGUAGAAGGCAAAAGGCAGGGACGAGUAUCACGGGAUGAUUUGCUCGUUGAGGGCAACAGGAUUGCUGAAAAACUCCAGAAUGGCAUAAAGAGCCUCAAAGAUCACCCGGGAAAGCCUGUGGCUUCUAUAGGUUCUUUUCAGGCUUAUUCUAACCCUGAAGCUCUAUUGGAAGCCAUUGACUCCACCUCGUAUAGUCUGGUAUGGGCACAUGCUACUGUUCUCUACCUGUUUGUUACUACUUCCGGGUGGCAAGAACAGCACGAGAUUAUACAAGAGAAUGUCUCAUCCGCUAUCCAAAUUCUUGAUAAAAUUUCAUCACCGGCAAUUUUACGCAGCCUCGCUUGGCCAUUUUGUGUCGUUGGCUGCCUUGCCUCCACUGACCAAGAAGAAACAUUCCGAAUAAUUGCUUCCAGAAUGGGAAACUUGUCAGCAUUCGGCACGCUCCUUGAAGCGCUGAGGAUUAUGGGACAAGUCUGGAGCACUCGUGGGGAGAGAGAUGUGGAAAACUGGGAUUUCACUUAUUGCUUCCGUAUACUAAGCUCAAUACCUCUACUUAUCUAAUGCUAAUAUGACUGGCCAUUGCUGCUACUUCGUCCGAUCUUAAUGUCCCUUCCAGGCACCGACGAUUUCGGCCAACUUAGUGGUCUUGAUUUCGGGGAAUUUGGCGUUCAGGCUCUUGUCUUCUGGGGCUUUUAGGCUGCCAUCAAGGACCCAUGAGGCGAAAAGCGAGAACAAGCCUUGCAUCGCUGGCUUCGG